CGGAUGGCUCCACCGCGUGGGUGGUGGUCGUCAUGUGUUCUCUACCCGAUAAAUGGCUCGGCUACUCCAUGAUUCCGCUUCGCUCUCGCGUUCCUUCUCGUCUUCUCCAAUGCCACUUUGGAUCCCUUGUUCCUUCGCCUCCACCGGGGAGCACGACACCGCGCCACCGCGGUCCCGAACCCUGCACCUCUCUGCGUCCACCACCUCCUCCUCGUCUUCCUCCAACGCCCACGUCGGCGCCCCCGCCGCCACCGUCUUUGACGACGCCGCCUCCCUCCUGACUCUCCCCUCUCUGCAAUCCCUCGUCCCCAUUGCCAGCUACCCCGACACGACGCCCUCGCCUGCCUCUUACCUCUGCCUCUCCUCCCUCAAGCCCCUACGCCCCUCCUCCUCCGCGGCCGCCCUCGCCGUCUCGGCCGCCUCCUCCCUCCUCUACUCCGCCUCGCAGUCGGAGAUCACGGUCCUCGACCUGGUCACCAUCCGCCCGGUGGAGAGCUUCACCGCAGUGCCGUCCGCCGGGUCCGUCAAGUCCGUCGCCCUCUCUCCAGAUGGUAAGCUCUUCACCGCCCACCAAGACGGCGGCAUCCGCGUGUGGCGCCGGUCGACCCGCUCCGGCCGGCACCGCCUCGAAGCCACCCUCCCCACCCCCGGCGACCGCCUCCGCCGCCUCCCCCUCCCGGGAAACUACGUCACCGUCCGCCGCCACAAGAAGCUCCUGUGGAUCGAGCACGCCGAUGCCGUCUCGGCCGUCGCCACCAGUGGCAGCCUCCUCUACUCCGUGUCGUGGGACAAGACCCUCAAGGUCUGGCGCGCCGGCGGCGACCUCCGCUGCCGGGAAUCCGUCCAGGCCCACGAGAACGCGGUGAACGCUGUAGCCGUCGCCGGCGACGGCACGGUGUACACGGGGUCAGCGGACGGGAGGAUCCGGGUGUGGGCGCUGUCCCCGCCGGAGGAGGGGCGGGGACGGGGCCAGCGACAGCCGAAGCACGGGCCAGUGGCGACACUGGAACGGCACCGGUCGGCGGUGAACGCGCUGGCGCUGAGCGACGACGGGGCGGUGCUGUACUCGGGCGCCUGCGACCGCUCGAUCCUUGUGUGGGAGAGAGAGGAGUCGGCGGACCACAUGGUGGUGGCAGGAGCGCUGCGGGGGCACCGAAAGGCCAUCCUGUGCUUGGCGUGCGUCGGGGACGUGCUCUUCAGUGGCAGCAGCGAUCGGACGAUCCGGAUCUGGCGGAAGGAAGGCGAAGGGAAGGGUUACAGUUGCCUGGGCGUGAUGGAGGGGCACGUGACUGGGGUGAGGUCGCUGGUGGCGGUUGGGGUUUCGGAUCCCGCUGAGCCCGAAUCCGAGUCCGAAGAGUACCGGGUCUGCAGUGGGAGUCUGGACGGGGAGGUCAAGAUUUGGCGGGUUCGGAUCCCGACUACUCAACGAUCCGAUUCGAAAUAAAAAGCUAGCAAAAGAAAGGUAUAAAAGGAAAGUAAAAGAAGAAGGUGUGGAGUUUUUGUCCCCUCCCGUUGAUUUCUGCUCUUGGAAUGACAUUGAUGCCACUUCUCCGAGUUCUUUGAUGGCACCAACGGCGGAGGAAGCUACACCGCAUGGUCGCUGACAACACAACAUGAUGUGAAGUUGAUUGCCUCGAUACGAUCUGCUGCUGUGAAUGCAAGUAAACACAAUGCUGUAUGGACUUGGGAUUCCUAUCCUGUUGUGUGACUGUCGUAGUGGAAAAAGUCAAGCACUUCAAACAUGAGAGAGAGAGAGAGAGAGAGAGAGAGAGGAAGACAAUGGCAGAAUAUACAUGAGAUUGUAGCCAGUGUACUUUUAUACGUCACUAUCUGUACCAAUCAUGCAUGUAAGCUGCGCUUGAUGAUGAAUACAUACUAAAGCUGGCAUCAAAGUAUAUACA